AUACAACAUGUCAAGCACUCACUGUAAACUCAAAAUUCCUCUACACGGUUGUUGAUGUAUUUUUUAUUGUUUUUUUUUUUUUUUAAUUCUAAGCAUACAACACAAAUAGAAUAAGUUGUUGCUGUCGCAAAGUUGUCCUACUUGAAGCAGUCAUGUUAGCUGAGUCUGAGGGUCCAAAACCAAUUGGGUCAGAAGCACUGUGGAAGUCCUCCAUUAUUGUGAACAAUACCAAACAUCCAGUAACUCGGCACCAGCACAAGCGGCGUGCGCCCAUUCAAAGAAGCUGCUUCCUGGGCCUGGAAACCAAACCCGAGCUGCUAUGGGAGGACUGGGAUGAGGGCGGAGAAUUCACCAAGUCUCUUACGUUAAAGAACAUCGGCCUCAAGCUCCAGAAACUUCAGUUAAGACCUCCGGUGACCAAAUUCUUCAGCAUCUCCAGUUCCCGCAACGUCGCCGUGAGCCCAGGGACGACUUUGUCCAUACCGGUCACUUUUAAACCUGAAGAGAAGUGCAAGUAUGAGGACAGCAUCGAGUUUCAGGGCAAAGAUGGCAGCUUCCAAGUAUCGCUUCAGGCUGUGGUUCCCUAUCCGGCCCUCGAAGUUCCCGACACUGUGCUCCUUCCACUCUGUGCGGUGCAUCAAACCGCUUGUGCUCCUUUUCUGCUGAAGAAUCUCAGCAAACUGCACACGUACUUCCACUGGGAGUGUUCGGAACCUUUUCAAGUGAGUCCGGAGGAAGGCGUGCUGAAGCCCAGCCAGGAGAUUCAGCUCACGGUUGUGUUCCAACCUCAGCUGGCGCUCUUGUACAACAAAAUGGCCGCUUGCCGUUUCGGGGAGGAAGGGGAAAAAGCCGACUGCUGCGUCGCCGUGCGUCUUCAGGGAGUGGCCAAGUACCCGUGUCUUCAGUUGAGAAGCCCCAGUUCGAAAGCUGAUCAACAACAUGGCGGUCCCGUGCUAAACUUUGGUUCUGUCGCGGUCGGACAAAGCGUGCAGAAAUGUUUUGACAUCUGUAAUCCCUCACAUGUCACUGCGUUUUUUUCCCUCGCCCGACUUUCCGGAGGCGUCCCCCUGUUGGGGUGCCAAUUCGUCUGUGAAGUCGGCAGCAAUCGGGUCGCUCCAGGUGGAAGCAUAACGGCGAAAGUCACCUUUGUUCCAACCGUUGCCGAUUCGGUCUCUGUGGAGUACUUGACGGUCGAAUGCAAAGGGGCGCUCAACCAAACGGUGCUCAAGCUCAUCGGCAACUCGACGGGCCCCAAGCUGUCUUUUUCGUCAUCCCUGGUUGACUUUGGCUGCAUUGAACUAGGAACCACGGCGUCACGGAUCAUCGAGAUGACGAAUUCUUCGUGCGUUCAGACCACCUACCAAUGGGACCUCGACUGCGCCGGACACAGCGUGUUCAGCAUCCAGCCUCAAAGCGGCACCUUAGCCGCCAAGAGCUGUUUAACGCUGACCGUCUGCUACCGCCCCACCGUGCCUUUUGCCCAUCACAGAAGCGUGCCGUGUUUCGUACUGCACGGGGCGCCGUUGUUCCUUGACCUGAUCGGCACGUGUCACUCUGAUCUGGAGAAACCAGCUUUACUGACACCGGAACAUUUAGCCGAAUGUCCAGAGGAUCGCUCGGACAUCGUUAGCGUCUUGCUGCCGAGCAAUAGCACGCAGUUGGAUCCGCAGGCGUUCGGCUUACCUGCGGAUGAGAAAGCGAGCCGACAAUCAGAUAACAUCUCCAUCGCCCGGUCGAUGACUCCCAAGGAAGACGCCGACCGGCCCGGCUCGACGGAAGCGGAUUCGUCCGCUUUGUCCUCGCCGUCCACACGCGUAUCGGCGGUGCCCAGCGAGCUGCUGUUCAAUCACGUCACAUCACCCUGGUCCAGGUCGACUUCAUCCGCGGCUUCUCAGGGGGUGGCCAUCACCAACAACUCUGCUGUGAAAGUCACCCUGAUGUGGACCAACGCCCCGGACUCUCCCUUCUCUGUCUCACCCUCCACACGCGAGCUGUCGCCACUGAAGUGCACCUCAUUCAGAGUGACUUACAGUCCGAAGGAAGUGAACACGUUUCACGCAGCUCAACUGGAGUGCCUCGCUCGGCAACAUCGUCCGUCUUGGAAGAACGAGGAAGAGAUAAGUCCCCCCUGGUGCGUCAUCGUCCGAGUCAUUGGACACUCCUUUGAGCGCGGCAAAGAGCAUUUCUCCCCACACUUCUCUCUUGAGCCAAAUAAAGUGGUAUUCACAGGCCUUGACGUUCGAUCCUAUCAGACCUUACUCCUCCGCAACCAUUGCGAGCGGCCCCUCACCUUCUGUCGCAACCUCAACGAGAGCUUCGACCCCCACUUGGAAGCGUCGGUGUCAGUGGUGCCGAGGUGCGGCUUGAUCCCGCCUGGGGCCCACCAAAUCCUCACCGUCAUAACUACUCCCAAAGAAGAUUCUCCCGCCGAGGGAAUCGAGCUGCGCCUCCAGUUCAAUUGCAGCAAUUACACAAAGGAAAUUAGAGUUUUCAGCAUCCUGGAAAAGAUGAACGUGUCACUGAGCGGAGAGGGUACUUUAUAUUUCCAAGAUACGUUCGUGGGCUCCCCGACCCACCAGACUCACAUCAUCAGAAACAUCUGCCACAUUCCUCUGGGCUUCCAAUGGAACAUCCAUUACUCAGACCGGCAUCUCAUCUCCGUUCAACCGGAAGCCGGUGAACUGCAAGCCAACGAGUUUGCGCAGCAGAAAUGGUCCUUUAAUCCAAAGGAAGAGAAAACCUAUGUCCUUGAACCGGUUCUCAUCAUCUGGCCGAUUCAAAACCCCAAUUAUAACAAGUCCAUCCUUACCCUCAAAGUCACGGGAAAAGGCGCCAAAGGCUUCAUACAGGCGAUUAAAGAAGUCUUGGAAUUGGGAGAUACGAUGGUCGGACGUGCUCAGUCAAUUGAUGUUCCCCUGGUGAACAACAGUACCUGCUCAAUCUCCUUCAGUGUUUCCGUUGAGCAGACGCUACAAGAUGAGCAAUUUCAUCCGGACCUUCCACCUGCGGCCAUUGCCCUGCAACUUGACUGCGAAGGGGGAACCGUGGCCUCGCACUCUACCUUUAUGCUGCGAGCCACAUUUCGGCCAGAUCGUCAAGCCCACUACAGGUGGACCAUCAGCUACCAGACACUGAGUUGCAGCGGCGCGCUGUUGUGCCCUCCGCAAGCGGUGUGCGAAGUGCGCGGCAAGGGCGUGUUCCCCACCAUGCAGGUGAGCGACGUGUGCAGCGGCGGCGGCGCGGCUUGGCUCAGCAAGUCGUACGUGUGGGAACUCCUCUCGGUGGACCGCCUCAACACGCAGCUGCUCUCCAUCCCCUCCCCUGUGGAGCACGCGUACAGAAGCCCCAGAAGCCACAGAAUGGCCAAGUACCCGGCCCUCUUGAUUAAAGCCAUGCUGGAUGUUAACUUCAGUGCGGCUCCCCUGAAUUCUGAACCCUCCACUUUUGCGUUGGUCUUCUACAACCCUGGCAGCAUCCCUGUCGAGUGGACAUUCUUGUUUCCAGACGACCAACAGGUAGAAUUCAAGCACUGGAGUCAGCGAGAAGAGUUAUGUCACAACGAGUUCGAGCAGAUGCAGGUUGUGGAGCUUUUCAGUGUUUCUCCACUGUCCGGAACUAUGCUUUCUGGACAGCAGAAAGCAGUACAGUUCAGCUACAGCCACGUCGUUGCUGGGACGCAUCAGUUGCCAAUCAUAUUGAAAAUCUCACACGGCAGAGAGAUCUUGCUGAACUUCCAAGGGGUGACAGUGGAGCAAGACAGACCGCAUCUGUACUUUUUAUCCAGGCAUCAUGUUUUCACCCCGAUCAUGAUCGGCGGUCUGACCCCUCCGUUGCAGACGUACGACCUUUACAACGGCGGCGAUGUUCCUGUCCGUUACGAAGUGGACGCCGGCGUGCUGUCGCAGCUCCAGGAGAGCAACUUUAAUCAGCCGCUGCUGUGUUGCCUCAACCCGGAGGGAGUCGUCCUACCGGGGAAGAUGGCCAAGCUGGAGUUCAUUUUCUCUCCGCUGGAGGCCAAGAUGUACACCAUGGACAUUCCUAUUCACGUCCGACAUGGAGAAACCACUGUGGUGAGGUUCGAUGGCUCCGGCUUCGAUACGCUAAGAGAUGUGUUCCCACUCAUUGAGACCAAACCUGCACCCCCCGUACGGAAGAUUCCCCUCCCCGGGCAGAGUGGGUUUCUUUCCACGGACAGCAUCUCUCUGGGUGAGAUCCCGGUGUGCUCGCACUCUUCCAGAGUCUUCUUCCUCACCAACGUGUCCUUAAAGGAAAUCCUCUACAAAUGGUGUUUGACUCAGGUGAUCCGGAUCCAGCCUAAACAAGGCCUCCUCCGUCCGGGCGAGAGCAUCAUUUGUGUAAUGACCUUCAUGGCAAGCGACUUCCCCAUGAUUUAUCAUCUCGACAUCAUAUGUCAGCUGACUGAGCAGGCCGCACUGGCGCAAUAUUCUGAUUCUCUGCGGCGUUGGGAGCAGGAACGAGAACAGCAGCAAAACGAAUUCACCAUCACGGAGCGGGACCUAGCGGAAAACCGCAAGGUUCCGGUCGCUCAGGGCUGCGCGGCUGCCGCUCAAGCUAAAGAGCCGCCCGCGGGCAAACAUAAGGUCACCCUACCGCCUAUUUGUAGCCGGGUAGCACGAGCCGAGCAGCGGGCUCAGUCCGAAGCCGUAAAAGUGUGGAAACGCCCGACAGCGCCUCAGCCUACGCUGCUUCACGUGGAGGUGACGGCGCGCUCCUAUCAGUCGCAGGAAUAUCGGCGAUAUUUUCCCAACCACUUCAAUAAUCGCUUCAGGUGUUUCCAACAGAUCAAGCCUUUGAGGCCUAAAAUAUUGUCGGACACGCUACUUCAAGAGGGGCGCCCGUUGCAGACGCUGGGGCCCGAGCGACACUUCCUCGAGCAUGUCAUCACGUCUCUGAUCAGGAGCAUAUUGGAUGACGUCGCCUUUUCCCAGUCUCUGCUUACUUUGGCAUCCAAGCCCCUUUUCUACAAGCCCAAAGUCAUCUUCUCCACUACGCCGCCGAUCCCACAACCGCUUAUCGGCUUGGACGAGACCAAUCCCGAUCUUCACGUUCGCUCUGACAGCUCGGGAACGGCGGGAGGCUACGGGACGAGGCCGAAAAUAGCGCCGCGCCCUGAACACAUACCGGUAGGCGUGUUCAACGAUAUAUUACUCAACACCCUCCAGAACGUGAUGAUGGAGGCAGCCAGAGGAGAUCUGGACCUCAUCGAGCACCACAGAGUGUCCUCGCCAAAUGUCUCUAUCAGAUCCAGGAGGUACCCCAAUGCCAAAGGCAAGAAGGAUGACAAGGAGACACCCCAAAACAAACCAACACAUGCCGAGCUAUCGUCAGAACAUCACACAGAAACAAGUUCAAUAUGAUAUCUGUAUAACGCCGUCUCAUAUUCGACAGUCGGCGGUGAGCGUGGCACCUAACGUGCACUCAAUGUACCCAAGCGCUAGCUCCUUUCCACAAGUCUUAAAAUGCAUUCAGGUACGAUGAUAUUCAUAUUUCAGUCAUAUAAGUUAUUCAAACUGCCCAAGAGAAACCACGUGAGACAGUUGAGGCUGAUUUUCAAAUGGGAAAAUAAUAAAGCGCACAUUGCACAUUU